AUGUCUGACUUUGGUGGCAAUCCACACUUGGAGGGAAUCAUUUCAGAUUUUGAAGCUCUGAAGAGGUCCUUUGAGGUGGAGGAUGUGGAUACCUCCGCUCACUCCCCUGGCUCUCGCCGCAGCACUGGGUCCCCUCACCGUAACGCCAUGUCCCCCACCAGCAUCUAUUACCGUGACCUGGGCAGCGCCGCCACUUCCAACAGCACUAACAAUCUCAACUACAACCAGCCGCGCUCCAUCAUGGGCGGAGGAGGCUCCAAAACUCCAGAGCCAGUGUCUCGGAGAUCAGAGCUCUCCAUCGAUAUCUGCUCUUCCAGUAAACAGGUCGACAGCAUUACGAGUCCAGCCUCUGUCCGCUCGGUCAGUAGUGCCCUCAAGCGCCCGGAAGCCUUGGGUCAUUCCAGAACACCGGAGAUGGGACAUAAGCGAGAGGUAACCUUCGCCAAACCCCCCACAGACUCCCCAGUAACACGCCGCAAUGAAGGCAGCAACAAUAACGGACACCACCCGCGUAAGAUAGAAGCACCCAGCCCGGGAGAUGUGCGCAAGCCCGAAAUAAGCAUCACCCGAGCCCCCCCGGAAAACAACGGUCACAGCCACCCUGCGGUGCACCACCCCCACCACCCCAACCCCCACCACAACACCAUCGUCACCACCUUCCGCUGCUCCUCGCCCAGCCACGGACGCAAGUCGCCCAACCCUGACAGGUCAGAGGUAAGUCUGGGCCACACCAUGUCUGAAUCUGCCAAGCACCACCCGGCCAAAGGGGACAAGAGCCAUGACUCCAGCUACGUGGGCAUCGACGCCAUCCUCGAGCAGAUGAGGAGGAAGGCCAUGAAGCAGGGCUUUGAGCUCAACAUCAUGGUGGUCGGGCAAAGCGGCCUGGGGAAGUCUACUCUGAUGAACACGCUGUUCAAGUCCAAAGUGAGCCGCAAGUCGGUGCAACCGGAUCCAGAAGAGAGGAUCCCAAAGACUGUUGAGAUCAAGUCUAUCAGUCACGAUAUUGAAGAGAAAGGAGUGCGGAUGAAGCUGACCGUUAUUGACACGCCUGGUUUUGGUGAUCAGAUCAAUAAUGAAAACUGCUGGCAGCCCAUCAUGAAGUUCAUCAAUGAUCAGUAUGAAGCGUAUCUGCAGGAGGAGAUCAACAUCGACCGAAAGAAGAGGAUCCCAGACUCGAGAGUGCACUGCUGCAUAUACUUCAUCCCCCCCACUGGGCACUGUCUUCGACCUCUUGAUGUGGAGUUUAUGAGGCGUCUGAGCAAAGUAGUCAACAUUGUCCCGGUCAUCGCCAAAGCCGACACGCUCACACUGGAGGAGAGGGACUUCUUCAAACAGACGAUUAGGGAAGGGCUGCGUGCUAAUGGGAUCGACGUGUACCCUCAAAAAGAGUUUGACGAGGACGCCGAGGACAGACUGAUCAAUGAUAAGAUCAGGGAGAUGAUUCCAUUUGCAGUGGUGGGGAGUGACCAGGAAUACCAGGUGAACGGAAAGAGAAUCCUCGGAAGGAAAACAAAAUGGGGAACAAUAGAAGUUGAGAACAUUUCACACUGCGAGUUUGCCUACCUACGAGAUCUCCUCAUAAGGACUCACAUGCAGAACAUCAAAGACAUCACAGGGAGCAUCCACUAUGAGACGUACAGGGUCCGGCGGUUAAACGAAUCGAACCACAUCAACUCUCACUCCACUGAACAUCCUGUCCUUCAGCCCAAAACCAACGGUCAAAUUGAGAUGCCGGCUGCACCUACACACUCUAACGGAGUGGCCAUACAGCAUCAGGUCAUGACGCAUGAGAUGUAG